AAAAAAAAAAAAAGAAAGAAAAAAAGAAAAAAGAAAAAAAAUGGAGCUGGAAAAAAGCCUACACCAGACCGUACAGUCCUAGAGAGAGAGAAAGAGAAAGCACACGAAACACACGCUCCGUUACAGUCUUAGAGAGAAACAAAACCCAUCUCUGUCCAUCUCAGUCUCUCUCUCUCUUUCUUUUUCGGAUUCGCGACGCAAACCCCAGCGGCUAAGAGAGCGGACGUAUCCGAUCUUCUUCCUUCCCUCUUCCUUCCAGAACAUUCUAGAACCCUCCACGAUCCCCGUUCUCUGUAAAGCACACAGCAAUAACACACGUCCCUUUCUCUCUCAGACUCUCACUUGUUACACUCUAAACUUGUACAUAAGCUUCUCCCUAAAAAACAAAAAGCAGAAAGAAACAAAACCUUGCUUCCAUGGAGCUUUACGGUCGCAACCCGGGGAGGAACGGGUCGAACCCGGGGAAUCAGCCCGAAUGGCGCUCGCCGGGCCCCGAUACUGGCCUCGAAGAAUCAAUGUGGCAGUUGACGCUGGCUAGCAGCGAAUCGUACCCGGAGCGACCCAGUGCUCCGAAUUGCGUGUAUUACAUGCGAACCGGGUACUGUGGAUAUGGUGCAAGGUGCCGUUACAAUCACCCUCGUGACCGUGCUGCGGUUGCUGCGGCUGUAAGAGCAACAGGGGAGUACCCGGAAAGAGCGGGGGAACCUCCAUGUCAGUAUUAUCUAAAAACUGGAACAUGUAAAUUUGGUGCAUCCUGUAAAUUUCACCAUCCAAAACAUGGAGGUGGAUCUUUGAGCCAAGCACCGCUAAAUAUUUAUGGAUACCCAUUACGGCCGGGUGAGAAAGAAUGCUCCUAUUAUUUGAAAACGGGGCAGUGCAAAUUUGGUGUGACUUGUAAAUUCCAUCAUCCUGCUGCUGGCACAUCAUUGCCGGCUUCUGCACCUCAAUUUUAUCAACAGGUGCAAUCUCCUACGGUUCCUCUGCCUGACCAAUACGGGGGAGCAUCCACAAGCUUGAGAGUGGCUAGGCCUCCUAUGUUAGCUGGUUCAUACGUUCAAGGGGCUUAUGGUCCUGUACUUCUUUCUCCAGGAGUUGUUCCAUUUCCUGGAUGGAGUCCUUAUUCGGCACCUGUUAGUCCUGUGUUAUCUCCUGGUGCUCAACCUGCUGUUGGGGCUACUUCUCUAUAUGGAGUGACCCAAUUGUCUUCAUCAACAUCAGCUUUUGCUAGGCCAUAUACUCCACUGCCCUCUUCUAUUGGCCCCUCAGGCAGUGGUCAGAAGGAGGAAGUUUUUCCUGAACGUCCUGGCCAACCUGAAUGCCAAUACUAUCUUAAAACAGGGGACUGUAAAUUUGGAUCGGCUUGUCGAUAUGAUCAUCCACGGGAUAGGGGUGUGACACGACCACUUCUCAGCCCCAUUGGUCUUCCUCUUCGUCCGGAUAUUUCGCGACAUAAUUGAAUCUAUGUAUUGUACGCUGAUCAUGAAAUUUAAGGGAUUUAUUUCUUCUCCUUUUGAACUAUAGUUUCCCAUAUAAGAGGGUGAAACAUGCAUAUGGCUUGGAGAACUUUAUAAAGUAUUUACUUUUUUACUUGGGGCAUGUAUCUUGGCAGUUUGUUUGAGACAAAUAAAAUACAUGCCUGGGGCAAAGCUACAUUGACAUCUAGUGUCUGUAUGCAAAACGCAUGACCCCCUAUAUUUUUGGCUAUUUGAUAAAGCGAAGAUGUUAAUUAAAGAUGUGUGUUUUCCUUCUCUCGCUAUAUCAGCUGAUAUUGUCAUGUUAAAAAACCACUUCUCUGACUCUGGACAGCAUUGACGUAUGCUGAAUUCCUGUUUUGACCAUUUACUUGUGUCAGGCCACAGUUUUUUGUUGUGUUAUGCAUAUCUGCACAAUGAACCCAUGUUUGCAAAUGACUUUUUGAAACAUCUUUAUGUACUUGUAUGUUGAGCUGAUAAAUAUUCCAACUUAGGGUAUGACACCGGGACUUAUUGAUUAUUCUGAGAAGAAACUUAUAUUAAUAGGAUUAGGAAUAAGAAGUCUCUGAGGGUAUCAAGUACCCAUGUGUGGCAUUUAAGUCAUAACCCUGACCUCAGUUGCACAAGGUCAAACUUGAUAGUGAUAGGAAUCAAAAGUAACGGUCAUAGUGCUAUAAAUGAUGAAUAAAGAAGAUGCUAUCAUUUUUGUAAUUCCCUGCUUAUAUUGGCUUCUCAAGAUAUCUUUUUAGCUGUAGUAUUACCGGUGUUCAGGGAUAGGAAUCUGAUUGAAUGAGUUAAUAUAAUUCUGCUAUCUUUGGUUUUCUGAUAACUAUAUAGGUAGGUAUCAUCUUUUGAUGCAGGACUUCUUUUUGUUCAUUUAUUCCUUGUUUUAAUUUUUGAUUGUUGACAUAAGUGAAUCCUUUGUUGAUUACUGUAUUAGACAGUAUUAGUAUGACAAGUUCGUUAGAGGACAUGCUGUUUUUGUUUCAUACUUGUUUCCUUUCUCAUUAUAACCAUAAACCAUUCAAAUCAAUAAUACUCUCUCUCUCUCUCUCUCUCUCUCUCUCAAGAAGGUUACUUAAUAGUUCUUAUUGAUACCUCUUAAGUGCAUUGGAUUUGUUCUCACUUAGGUAGUCUUACAUAGUUUGAGAUUACUAGUAAAAAGCAUAUCUAAUUCUGCCUGUUCCUUUUAAUCCUGUUGCAGAUGUUUUAAUAAUUUGAGUUACUUGUUUCUGCAUGAUAAUGCAGUGCAGCAUUAUAAUUGAUGCACUUUCAUUGGAAGUUUUUCUUAAU